AUGGAUCAUACGGAAACCACAACUUCAAAUAAUAUCGGAUACAAUUCGUCGUCUGAAUCAUUCGCGGUUCGUUUUAUGCAAACGCCGUCAGCUGUUUUGAAAAUAACCAAUGGAGAGAUGACUGAGGACAAUAACAAUAUGCUGCAUGGAAUUAAUGGUGUUGACUUGCUGGAUUUGCAAAGUACUGAUAACGACGAUCAAUACUCAAAUUCAAGCAGUUUGGAGUCAAGGAACUCUCUGACAAAUCAUCAGGGAAGUCAGGAUGGUGACGGUGAAUCUGGAUCAACUUCCUGCUCGGAGGACUCUUUUGAAAUGUCUAGUACUUGUAGUGUUCGGGAAGAGUUAUACGAAGAGGAAAAGCGACGGCUGAUUGAGAGGAAUGAAGUGACUUCACGGAGAUCGGAUUUCAGCAAAGAAAGCAGCUACGAGAGCCAGUUUCGACCACCAGCAUCUCAAAUUCAACAACACAGCGAGCUGGAUUCGGAUUUGCAAAAUGAUUUUAUGCGGAAAAUCCGGCAGUCAGUAGCUAACCAAAUUGAGCACAUAGAUACUGGGCUUCCUCAGUUGGAUUUCGUAAAGCUAGAGCAGCAACUGACAACUGCCGCAAAAGAAAGAGAGGACGUGGAGAAAAGGAUGACGUUUGAUAAUAUAUCCGAGAGAAAAGAAUGUAAUGAUUCAUGGAGAAGGUACCCGUCAUUUCAACACCAAAAGAAGACGAAUUCAGUUUUACGACUCCCGCCCAGCAAAAACUUACAGGUUUGCUUCAUGAAUGAGCUCAGUGAAACUGACACGGAAAAUGGGGAAGACUCUGAAGAUUCUGAUAUGGAGCACAUGUACGUUAGGAAAAGUAAAUCGGUGCCGAACUUCAAGAAUGCUACAAGUCCAGAUGUGUUAGACUCGAGGAGUUUGCAAGAGUUACAUGAGAAAUUGGAAAGGAACUUGACGUUAAAUGAUAAUGAGCGGUGUAAAAUGUUGAAACACGAAGCGCAUCGGGUUAUGAAAAUUGCAGAGGAGAAGGCAAGCACGGCACUGGCAGAGUAUCGAAGAGGAAGAUCGAAAGCAAGUGAGGUGCCGCGACAAGCAAGGCAGUAUUUGAGCAAAACAAAGUUGCCGGAUAUCCAGAUUAUCCAUCAGCAGAUUGAAGAAGCCAUCUGUAGAAAAAACAUGGAGCUUGUUGGUCUUCUUUUGGAACGGGAUAAUCUACACAUGGAGCAUGACUCUUUGAGAGUUGAUAUCGAUGACUAUACUCAACAAAAAUCGCCGUUGAUACUCCUUGAUAUGAAACGGCUUCUGCAAUUACAGAAAGGGCUCGAAAGCAAUUCACUUGGCACUAAGAAAUUCUGUUAGAAAUUUUUUAACCUCAAUAGUUUUUUGUAUUUAUUUGCAUUUUUGUUACAUUUUUGUUUCAGUGAUCUUUCAUUCAGUUCGGUAUAUUUAUUUCUCUACUUAUAAACUCAAUGAAGCAAGUACAA